CUUUCUGGAGAGACGUCACAGCUGCUGCUCGCCCUCCACCGCGGUGACGUCAAGGGGAGCACGUGGUUUUGUUAUUGCAGGAAGUGAAGAUGGCGGCGCAGUCGUUGCUAUCCGAGUCUAUGCUCGGAUGGUCUAUUUUCACCUUUAUACUUUUGGUAAUUCUGGCUUUCUGUUGGGUCUACAUUCGCAAAUUCCAAAGCCGACAGGAGAGUGAAGUUGUUUCAACCAUCACAGCAAUAUGUGCGCUGGCCAUUGCUUUGAUAACGUCGGCACUUCUACCAGUGGAUAUAUUCCUUGUGUCAUUCAUGAAAUAUCCCAAUGGCACCUAUAAGGAAUGGGCAGCAAACAAUGAGACGAGGGGACAAAUUGAAGACACUGUGCUGUAUGGAUAUUACACACUCUACUCCAUCAUCCUCUUCUGUGUCUUCCUAUGGAUUCCCUUUGUUUAUUUCUACUAUGAAGAAAGGGAUGAUGACAAUGUGAACAAAUGCUCGCAAGUGAAAAACGCUCUGAAGUACACAAUUGGAUUUGCCAUUGUCUGCGUGGUGCUCCUUUUAAUUGGAGCCUUCGUUCCACUUGAGCCCCCACCCAGUCAGAAUUCCACUCAAUGGGAGAAAGUACAGUACCUCUUUGAGGAGCUUGGCAGUAGUCAUGGUCUACCUGCUCUGUCUUUCUCCAUCAGCUCCUUGACCUUGAUUGGCAUGUUGGCAGUGAUCACUUAUACGGCAUACGGUAUGUCUGUGCUGCCUUUGAAUCUGAUAAAAGGCACCCGCAGUGUGGUGUACGAACGCCUGGAGAACACAGAGGACAUUGAUGAUGUUGAGCAUCAGAUAGAGAAGCUGAAAUCCAAGUGCAAUGAUGGACGUCCCCUUUCGUCGAGGGACAGACACAACCUGCAGGAGCUAGAGAGCAAACUGCAGGUCCUCCAGCGCAGGGGGAGACACCUGGAAAUUGCCGAAAGAAACUGCUGCACUAAAGUGGGCUCUGCUCUCAGGCCUAUCAAGAUAUUGCUGGGGAUUUUCUUCAUCCUGGUUGCUCUGCUGUUCACUGUCGCCCUGUUCAUUUCAAAUUUGGAUAAAGCUCUCCACUCUGCUGGCAUCAGCUCGGGAUUCAUAAUCUUUGGCACCAACCUCACCAAUCCUCUGAAUGAACUUCUAUUAGCCUUGCAACCGGUCUUCCCAUUGGAUUAUAUCCUGAUUACGGUCAUCACCAUGUACUUUGUUGUCACAUCCAUGGCUGGCAUUCGCAACAUGGGCAUCUGGUUCUUCUGGAUACGGCUGUACAAAAUAAGACCUAAGAGGACUCGCCCCCAGGCUCUCCUCUUCCUCUGUAUGAUUCUACUACUGAUUGUCCUUCACACCAGCUACAUGAUCUACAGCCUCGCCCCGCAAUAUGUCAUGUAUGGCAGCCAGAAGUAUCUUGUGCAGAGUCAGAUGCCCUCAGCAGGUCCUUCGUCUGGGAAUGCUACUUUUGGCACAACGAGGAUCUGUGAUGCUGACGCGCCUGAGGACCAGUGCAUCGUGACAAGAUCCUAUCUUUUCCUCCACAAGUUCUGGUUCUUCAGCACAAUCUACUACUUUGGUAACUGGGCCUUCAUCGGGGCUUUCCUCAUUGGGCUGGCGGUGUCCUGCUGCAGGGGGAAGAAGUCUGUGAUUGAAGGAGAGGUGGAGGCCGAUGACUCAGACUUGAGCGAUGAUGAAUAUGUGCACUGAGACGAUGGAUUUUCCAACCAUAACUUUAAGGGACUAGAAAGUACAAUUUCAUAAGAGAAAUAGAAAUAAUGAAUGUGAGUAAUUUGUCCUCAUUUAAUUUAUUGCUUUUAAGGAGUAAUUGCGGUGAAUUCCUGCCUUGUUUCGGGUUGACACAUGCCUCCCCCUUAAUGAGACCGCUCAGACUGAUUGUCGUGUCUUUUCCUCCAGUCAAUGUUAUUGAUGACUUUGGGAUUCUGGGAGCGUCCUCCAACUCAAUCCUACCUUGAGAAUUCACUUAUCAACAGUUUGAAACUGACACAAAUUGGUCAUUUUUCUGCUGGAGGAGACAGAGUCAUGUGCUGCUCCCCAACUUUAAGCUUUAUUAUGAGAGGAAGUUUGGACACAAACUUAGUUUGUUUUUUUUUGUUUUUGAAACCCUCUAAGCACUUUCUAGACCCUUUAAAGGUUAUUUUGUGACAGAAUCGAGAGCUGGUUGACCUUCAUUUACCUUUUAAGUGAAACGCUAUUAAGACAGUUGAGCCUACACAAACUGUUCUGCUUGCUUGUUUUCUGAAAAAGGUAAUUGGUAUAAAAAAAUAAUGAUUUCUGAGCGCUGACAGCGCUAACAUUUUCAAAGUUAUUUUUUUUAGCUUGUUUUUGUCUGAGGUUAACUAGUUCUAGGGGCAUUGCUGCUUCCCCCCCUAUGUUUAGGUACCUGCAGUUUCAGACCAUCAUUAUUUAAGCAAACGUUACUGUAUCGGCGUACCUGCACUGUGUUUGAAAUGUAAAGGACCAACUGCGGCUGGUGUUCUCAGUUAUUCUUGGUUUUAAAUGAAAUGGGUUCAGCCGCUUUUUGCUCUCUGUGUCGGAAGAGCAUGAGAAAACUAUAUUAAUCAAAGAAAUGGAUGUGACUUUUCUUUUAAUUAAGCAGUACUUGUUGUUUUGCAGUGCUGCGGAGUUGAUCAACAGCAGGCGUGUUACAUAGAACUAUUAAUGACUUUCUCUGCUGUGUUUGAUUUGCUGUCAGUGUAUUAAGUGUCAAAAUAAAUACACACUGUUGAUUUAAUUAACAACCCGACACAAUAUUAUGAUGGAUGACUACUUUUUUUUAAUUUGGAGACUAAAUGUUUGUGCUUCAUGAAUGCACAGUGACACGAUGGGCACAUGGUACUCUAUAUAUAUCUAUAUAUAUAUUUAUAUAUAUUUAUAUAUAUUUAUAUAUAUUUAUAUAUAUAUAUAUAUAGAUAUAUAUGCGCUCCCCUAAAUUUUGAAAAUCAGCCUGAAUCUCGUUUUUUUUCUUUGAGAUCUAAUUAGUGAUCACGAACCAGCAGCUGUUGUGGACGUUGUGUCUAUAUUUCAUUAUGCCUGUAUUCAAAGAAAUAAAACAACACGAUGAUGACAUGUCAUUCA